AUAUAUUAGUCAAGUAUAAGCAAGGAAACGGAUACUACGGAAGUGACUUACGCAGAUGAAUUUUUAUGAGUUUUCCUUAUUUUCUUAUCAAGUAUAUUUUCGUCAAAAAACAAAUACGUUAGAUAUAUAUCUGGCUUAUAUAUUACGCCGUGUGUUCCAUCUUAGUGCUAGUUUUAUUGUUCUUCUUUUUCUUCUUCUUCUUUUUUUUCCUCUUCCUCUUCCUUUUAUUUUUCUUCUUAUUUUAUUCUUGUUCUUCCUUAUUUGGCUUGGAUUUUUUUUUUAAAUACAUCGCAAAAGGACGAGGAUAUUAGUACGAGAAUUGAUAUUUGAGAAAUAUCAUCGGAUAACCACAACAGUCACAAAAAAUAUAAAGAUUAUUAUUUUCAAGAUUAUUAUAUUUAUUCGUGAAUGAUCAAUUGGAUAUCGAACAUUUUUAUAUUCGAAUUUACAUAAAAUUUACGUACACGAAUUGAUUUAAUCUUUUAUUUGAAUACCAUGGUUUAUCUGCGACGUAAGAUUUUAUCGUCUGGAACUUCUCUGAAUCACCUACAGAAAAGCUUAAGAUGGAGUUCGUCUUUAAAAAUUAGAGAUAAAAAUGAGAUUCAACCGGAACGAUCGUUCAAGUACGCUGAUUUGUCAGUUCGUCUUGCAGCACCACAUCAACUUCAACCAAAACCAAAUGUUAGAUCGCUUUCUUUCGGCAAAUAUUUCACAGAUCACAUGCUUAAAAUUUUUUUUUAUGAAACAUUAGGUGGAUGGCAGGCACCAGAAAUUACACCUUUUGAAAAUUUAGUCCUUCAUCCAGCGGCUAAAGUCUUACAUUAUGCAAUAGAGUUGUUUGAAGGUAUGAAAGCAUAUAGAGGAGUGGAUGGAAAAAUAAGAAUAUUUAGGCCUGAACUGAAUAUGGAGCGAAUGAAUAAUUCAGCAAUAGUAUCUGGUCUACCUAGCUUCAAUGGAAAUGAAUUAAUUCAAUGUUUUACUAGAUUAAUAAGCAUAGACCAGGAAUGGGUUCCACAUUCAACUGCUGCUAGUCUCUACAUACGUCCUACACUAAUAGGAAUUGAUCCUACAUUGGGAGUAUCAGCGCCAGAUUCAGCAUUAUUGUAUGUAAUAUUAUGCCCCGUGGGAUCAUACUUUAAUACCAGUAUGGAAACUGGGGUGUCCCUGCUUGCAGAUCCAGGACAUACUCGCUCAUGGCCAGGUGGCUGUGGAAAUCAUAAAGUGGGAAGUAAUUAUGGUCCUACGAUCAAGAUAGUAAAAAAAGCUCUGAAAAAAGGAUAUCAACAAGUGCUAUGGCUAUAUGGAGAACAUAAUGAAAUAACCGAAGUAGGAGCAAUGAACAUUUUUAUGGUUUACAUCAAUGAUGAUGGUGAAAAGGAAUUGGUGACGCCUCCAUUGAAUGGUUUGAUUUUACCCGGUGUGAUAAGGAAUUCUAUAUUGGCUCUUUCACAGGAAUGGAAUCAGUAUAAAGUUACCGAAAGAAAAAUCUCCAUGAAGGAAAUUUGUCAAUUACUUUCAGAAAAUAGACUAUUGGAAAUGUUUGGUUCUGGUACUGCCUGCAUCAUUAGUCCCAUUUCUAAUAUAGGCUUUAUGGGUCGUGAUUUUCAUAUACCAACUUUACAACAGUCUAAUCCUAUUUAUAAAAAACUUGAAAAACAUUUAAAAUAUAUACAGUAUGGAUAUAUACCAGAUCAUCCAUGGACUAUAGUUAUAGAUUGAUAUAAAAUAUAUUUCAAGUAAACAAGUGGUGGUUGAGUUAAAUUAAAUACGUAUUUUCAAUAUCUCUUGUAACAAGAAACAAAAGAAAAAAAAAAAAGGACAGAAAUCGAUAAUAAGAGAUAUUAACAGAAGA